AUGCAACAUGCAUUGGAGCUGGCAAAGAAAUCCCCGCCAAAGCCGACAAACUUCCGUGUCGGCGCCAUCUUGAAGAGGCUGGAAGACGGCCAUGUCUCUGCUGAAGGCUAUACCUUGGAGCUUGAGGGAAACACACAUGCCGAAGAGUGCUGUCUUUUGAAGCUCGCAGAAGAACAUGCCACCACCGAGGAGGGACUUGAAGCUGUUAUGAAGAGUCCGCAUGUCCUUUACACCACCGUCGAGCCCUGCUUCAAGCGGCUCAGCGGAAAGCUACCGUGCGUUGAGCGCAUCCUUCGCCAGAAGUCGUGGAUCAAGAAGGUCUAUGUGGGGGUUCUAGAGCCCGAGACUUUUGUCGGAAAGAAUCCCGGCCGCCAGCUACUCGAGGAGGGCGGUGUUGAAGUUCACUAUAUCCCCGGGUUUGAGGAAGAAAUCCUCGCGGUGGCCGCAGCUGGUCACACAGCAUCAUGA